AUGUCCAUCGAUCAAGUCCGCAAGCGCUACGAGGCUGCUGGCCAGGGACAUCUACUCCAGUUCUGGCCCACCCUCUCUCAAUCGGAGCGCUCGUUACUCCUCGCACAGCUCGAUGCCCUCGAUAUCGAGCGCGUGAACCGCAUAUACAAGAAAGCCAUCAGCGGUGAGCAGGCGGCUGCACAGAACGCUGGCAAGGACGCUAUCGAGCCUUUACCCGAGGAUGCUGCCGACUCUGUCAUUGGUCUCCCGGGGAAGGAGAGCGAAUGGCGCGCAGUCGGUCUGCAGGCUAUCGCACGCGGCGAGGUUGGCGUGCUGUUGAUGGCCGGUGGGCAGGGCACGCGUCUGGGGAGCAGUGCGCCCAAGGGCUGCUACGACAUCGGCCUACCCUCUCACAAGUCGCUUUUCCAGUAUCAGGCGGAACGCAUCGCGCGUCUGCAGACAGUUGCGGAGGAGCAGAGCGGGAAGACAGCUGGCUCUGUCGUUAUUCCCUGGUAUGUUAUGACUAGUGGGCCGACACGUCGCGAGACGGAGGACUUCUUCAAGAAGCACUCGUACUUUGGACUUUCACCCGAAAAUGUCGUGUUCUUCGAGCAAGGAACACUGCCGUGUCUUACUAUGGAUGGCAAGGUUAUCCUCGAGACGCCGUCUCGCGUCGCUGUCGCGCCGGAUGGCAACGGCGGGCUCUACGCUGCGCUGCGCGCACCCCUUGCCAACGCCAAGAAGACGGUGCUCUCUGACCUGGCUCAACGCAAGGUCCAGUUCGUGCACGCGUACUGCGUCGACAACUGCCUCGUGCGCGUCGCCGACCCUGUCUUCCUCGGCUAUUGCAUCAACAAACAAGCCGAUUGCGCUGCCAAGGUCGUGCCGAAGGCCUCCCCCACUGAGGCCGUCGGCGUCGUCGCGCGACGCGGAAAUAAGUUCAGCGUGGUUGAGUACUCCGAGAUCUCGCAGGAGCAGGCGGAGCGGAGGGACCUGAAAACGGGUGAGCUCGCAUUCCGCGCGGGCAACAUCGCGAACCACUUCUACACGACCGCGUUCCUCGACGGUGUUGAGGCGUUUGAGGACGAGCUCGCGUUCCAUAUCGCACGCAAAAAGAUCCCGUUCGUCGACUCUCACGGCGCGACCGUCAAGCCGAGCAAGCCGAACGGCAUGAAGCUCGAGAUGUUCGUGUUCGACGUGUUCCCGUUCACGAAGCGCUUCGCCGUGCUCGAAGUCGCACGGAACGAGGAGUUCAGCCCGCUGAAGAAUGCGCCGGGCACGGGCUCCGACGACCCGGGAACGAGCCGCCGCGACUUGCUCGCCCAGCACAAGCGUUUCCUGGAGCACGCGGGCGCGAAGGUGGUGGAGGGUGCUGACAUCGAGCUGUCCCCACUGGUAACAUACGCAGGCGAGGGGUUGGCGCCGGUGAAGGGUAAAAAGCUUGCUCGGUCGGGCAUGGUUGAGUCGGUCGAAGAAUUAGACGCUCUGGUUUAG